GGCGACGCGCUGCGCUCUUGAAAUUUCGCUUUCGUUCACUCGCGGUUAUUAGUCGGCCGCGCGCGCUCCGGCAAGCAUGUGUUUCGUGUGACGCGCUCCACUACUUCCGCGCGGCACGUUCGAUUUCGUUGGCGAUCGCGGCAUGGCCCCUCGUCGGCAAGGAGCGACCGGCGAGCGAGAGGCAGAGGAGGCCCGCGGGUGCUGCGUGCCCGGCGAGUGCCUCCGGCCACGGGAGCCGGUGCGCUUCGAGGACGCUGUGCGGCUGCUAUGCAACAACGACACGUGCGCCGCCGGCCGGUACAUGCACAGAGAAUGCUUCGAGCAAUGGGAAGCUGGCGUGCUCGCCUAUCUCAAGUCUUGUGGACGCGCGCGCUCAUGGUCCGAGAGGCAGCGUCAUCAGAACCUCUGGACGAAAAAGGGCUACGAUCUGGCGUUCAAAGCUUGCGGCUGCCGCUGUGGAAGGGGACACUUAAAGAAAGAUCUCGACUGGUCUCCGCCGGGAGCGGCGGUGCGUGCUGAGGAGGACAAGAAGCGGCGGCGUCGCGCCCGCUCGAGCCGCACUCCGGCAGCGGUGGACGGACGCUCGCGGGCCUUCAGUCUGUCCAGCUCAGGAUCUUGUUCGCCGCCAUCGGCGCCUUCGGAGCCCUCGGCGAGCCCCACACACGCGCCGCCGCACGCCCUCACUCCUGGCAAGAGGAACUCCAAGCCGGAAGUUAUCUCCGACAGGAUCAGGGCUGGCGCAGGCGCCAACGGGAUAUUCUCCAGAAGACUGGACUUCUCAACUUUCAAUCUCCUUCCGAAGCACAAAGUCAACUCAUAUCAGAUCAAGAUCGAAGACGAGGGUAACCAUGGCAACGAUGAUACACGGCUGUUCAUCCUGUCGACCCUCGCCGGGCAGCACAAGCCUCGUGUUUCGUGCGCGCUGUGCAAGGAGACGCUGCACGUGUUUGACCGCUACCCGCUGGUGGACGGUACCUUCUUCCUUAGCCCGCGUCAGCACACCAGCAGCGCGGUCGAGGUGAAAGUGGAGGGUCGCACGCAAUACCUGACGUGCGUGUGUAUGGGAUGCCUGGAGCGCUGCGAUCCAGACCGCACAAUACGCUGCCGCUUCUGCGGCCAGAAGUGGGACGGCUCCUCGCUCGUGCUCGGCACCAUGUACUCCUACGACAUCUUCAUGGCCACUCCCUGUUGCGCAGAAAGAUUGAAGUGCAACAACUGCUACAAGCCGCUCCUGCACCCGCAACAGCGGCUCAACUACUCGGACUACUCGCAUCCAGUGAUGUGCCCGCAGUGCCGCGUCACGGAUACGCACUUCGUGAAGCCGCUCACUUACUGCUUCACGAAACGGGUCUUCCCGCUGUUCCAGCAGUGGCCAUAACAGUCGGCGGUGCCAGGAACCUCUCCUGGCACCCCCCCUUCUUCGGCAGACGCGUGGAACCUAGCCCCGUCGCCUCCGCGUCGCGCCUCGCCCCCCGCAUUACGUCCCGUUGUCAACACGAGCAUGGCGUCCCGAGCGCCCGAAACGGUAGUAGAAGAGCCGGCCUCUAAGUAUCUGACACCGACGUUAGCGAGUAUCACUGAGUCGCUGUCGCUACUUGGGGUGAGUCCAGAGACGCUCGCAAUGAGUCUCGGCGAGUCCUUGGCCGAGCGCUACCUGGCGGCACUGAGGCCGAAGCCGGUGGAGCGGCCGACUCUGGGCGGCUGCGGCGUCCCUCGCCGCACGCCGUUCACCGAGCCGUCGCAUCUCCAGCUCUUCUCCAACGACUUCAUCGAAUACUUGAAUCAAAUCGCGUAAUCGUAACGUAGCGCGUACAGUGCGGGUGCGGAACAAUCAACUUGGCGACGAAUGGACUUAUGUGUUUUCGAUGUUAUUUCUGCCGAACUUUUUUUCGCGUCAAUUAGACGCUAGAAAUAAUUUCUGUUAAAUUAAGUUGGUAUUAUUGAAAAUAAUUUUAUGUGUCGGUUUAGAUCAUAUUAUUGAUUUUAUUUUAAUUUUAUUCUGAACUUUGUUGAUUAGAAGUUGAUUUUUAUCGAAAAUUAUAAUUAGUGCUGUGUGGAGUGAUGCCAGAAAUUGCAUUUUUUUUUUCAAAUUUGGGGAGCAAUUCUUCUGAAGAAGCUAAGGGGGAGUUUUCUUUUAACGAUUGAUUAUAAUCUUGGAUUUCAGUGAUACCAGCCCUAUCUGAUAGGGCGUUCGAGUUGAGUGUUGUUUAGUUCAAUUUAGUUUAUUAGUUAUGUUUUAUUUUAGCAAAAUUUUAAACCUAACUUAAGUGUUAUACAAUUAUUUCGUAGGUUUAUUGUAAACUUUUAUUUCCUCCCACCAAAAUGGCACGUUAUCACGUGAAUGGACUUCUUGUACUGAAGACGCCAUGUUAGGUUAUUUUAAUAUCAUUUCUUAUUUACUUACUACGUAUUUCGCAUCUCUUAAUUUAAUCAAUAUUAAUGGUAGAGGUUUUUAAUUGUAAGCGAUUGCUGUGUCUCCAAUAAUAUGAUUAGCUGUCUAUAUCUCUCAUAAUUAUUAUUAACGUAAGGUUUGUAUUGCGAACUUGUUAUUUUAUAUUUUUUUGUUUUUAUUUUGUGUUUAAUUCACAUUAUUGAUUCUCGGUGGUUAGCGGUUGUUGAAUCAUACUGAUAUUUCGGAUGAGUGCCAUAUCAAAAAUAUUAAACCAGAUUAUAAUUGAAGAUUUUAUUCGAUAAAUGGAAGCACAUAGGCCGCUAGCCAUUGAGACGAUUUACAUUAUGAUUUAGAAGUGUGUUUUUGUUACUGUCAGCUACUACUUCGGCUAACAUUAUGUUAGGUUAAGAAUUUUCUUAUUAUCAUGGAUGUCUAUUUAUUUAUAAGUGAAUAGCGCUUCGACAUUUAAUAAGCGUAUAAGUGAUGUGCACGAUUACUCAUUAACUGUUUAACGUUAAAGUUUUAGGUAAGGUUUUUAUACAUUUGAUACUUAUUACUCGCAAAGUGAUUACAAGUGAUAAAAUUCUUAGUAAUAAUGCGUGUUUAGUGGUAAAAACUAAAGUGGUGCGGAUUGUUUGGCAUGCCGUGACGCGUCGGCAGCCGAAGUAAAGUGAUAAACAGAAUGUUAGGCAAUAAUUCAAACGAAGACUUGACACUUUUUAUAGGUAAAAAUUUUUGCAUUGUCCUUCUUAAAUUGAAUAACUGCCAUUUACCUUUUACUAAACUAAUCGAUGUGAUUCUCGUGUGGAAUUUUAUAUUGUGAUGGAUGUGCAAUGUCUGAACGUUCGCAAACUCGCUCGAGCGAGAGAUAAAAACGCUACGAACCAACCAUUCGAAACGAUAGAACAAUGAGAAUAAAAUUCCACGUCGAAAAUCGCUAUUUAAUUUUGGACUGAACGCGAAUCGCGUCUGUUGCGUAGUAAGUAGAUCAUCACACGAUCAUCAGAUCACGCGAUCAUAAGGUCAUCACGCUAUCAUCCGCAUCACUGCACCUCAUCUCUGUCAUCAGGCACGGUUUGAGUGGGAGGCGACUGGACUAUAUUCGCGUUGGUAACAUGGUAUAGUUGAAAGGCGUUGCCGGACCAUGGUUGUAUAAGUUGUAGGGAAACCCUGGUCCAGUAGACGUCUUUACUAUUAACGGAUUUGCUCUUUCUAGAUUUUUUAUAAAGCAACUGACUUCUGCUCUAGGCUAUGCUCUCAUUUUUAUAUGAGAGAAAAAGGAGUCUAUAGUAUUCAAGAAAUGUAACUUCCCAAUGGCUUUUUCAGUAUUGGAACAGUAGCUAAGAUUACAGCGAUCAAAUAAAACAGUUUUAUAACAUUCAUAUAGGUAGUACGUUUCUAGUUUUGGUUUCUGAAAAACGCCUACGAAAUAUUUACACUUUUCCACUCGGUUACCGCAUAUAUUAGGUAUUUAUUAAUCUGUACAUUUUUAAAAUGCAUAACUUAUAAGAAUACGUAUAAAACUUAUCUAAUUUUUUUUGUCAAGUUACUUGUGGAUUAACAGUAAUUUUGAAUCAAAUAUUGGCUCCAGUAAAAAAAAAUGAAUUUGACAUAUUGAAAGAAUACUGUUUUUACAUAUUUCUUAUAUUCAUUCCAUAUUCAUACUAUUUUAAACUUAAAAUCCUUACUCAUUGACUGACGGAUUAUAGCACCUCGUUGAAACUAGAAGGCCAAAACUAUGAAUUUGUAAAAACAUCACGUUGCGACUCAUUUCAAUACAAAGUACUGAUUAAUGGUGCAUUUUAUGGUCGUAACGCGAUGCAAACGUUUCAUGCAACAUUGUUGCGCAACAGUCAACACCGACAUGUUGUGUCAGGUCACGUCACACGUGCCAUUGCCGACGCGUGACCGCUGACUAUGUUUCAAAACGUACCAUGGUUGUCAAAGUAUUUUAUUUUUAAAGCGUUUAAAAAUGUUACCUUGUUGAUUAUAGUUACCAGUCGCCUUGUGUGGUUGUAAUACCUCUUAAAUAUUUUUAAAUUAGUAUCUUCUGCUUACAACUUACACUAAGAAUGAGAAUAUUAUAUCUAAAACAAUAUCUUUAUAGCAUGGCGUAUUGUAAAUAUGCAAUAACUACACGCAGAUGCUUUACAAGAAGUAUUUAAUGAGAUAUUAUUGAAUAUUUUCUAGUUUAGCCGUAAAUCGAUAGUACAUAAUUUCAACAAUAUCAAAAAUCCCUAAUUAUUUUAAAUGGUACGCGGCGCGGCGCGAUGUCGUUUCAUAUGUUAUACAAUUUUAAUUUUAUCGAAGUUUGCUCGUUCGUAUAUAGAAUUAUAUUUAAAAGUUAGUUAAGUUAUAUACAUUUAAACUAAAUGUAUGUGUAUCCAUAAAGUAUUUGAAGAAAAAAAAUUAAGACGAGCUGUUGUUGGUAUAUUUAGAAAAAUAUUAAAAAAUGAACCAGAUCAUCUGAUGGUGUCCAUGUACAAAUGAGUGAAGUGAAACGACAUCGCGUAGCGCGCGCUUUAGCGAAAACACACAAAGUAUAUUGUUUAAUAGUCAAAUACAGAGCCAUCUACGAAAAUGUAUUCAUAGAACACUUUAUAAUGACUCGUAUAAUAUAACAAGUCAUUGAAUCCCAAUUUCCGGUACAAAAAAAUGAAACUCUAUUUUGGAAACAUUAAAUCCAAUAUAACGAAUAUAUCAAAGUCCCACGACUCGUAUAAGGAAGUUUAUUUUAUACAUAGAUGUUUCCAUAUUGAAAAAAAAAGUCUUUGAACAUUACCUAUAGAUGAAAAAAAAUAGUAAAUUAUAGUUAACCAUUAUGGCUUCUCAUUUACACUUUUAGACAGUAUUUAAAGCAUUAACAUAAUUUUCAGAUUGCAAUGAAAUAGUUUACAGAGAUUUAGAUUUGGUGUCGACCAGUUGCAAUGCACGAAACACUUGAAAGGUUGUAAGAGGCGUUGUGGGUAGUGUGUGUAAUGGCGCGCCACAGCGGUUUGGUUCUUCCCUAGCCUUCUGUGGUACAAUACAUAAUCUGAGUAUGUGUUUGAUUAUUCAUAUUUUAAUCACUUAGUUACUUGUUCAGUUUUAAUGAUAAAUUUAAUUACACAAACGUUGCCAACUUUCUUAGUUUAUUUGCACAUAUUUGUUAAAUUUUGUAAUUAAUAACAAUUAUUUAGACACCGACAUUCAAAUUUCUUCAUGUUGAAUUUUAAUGUGGUGUAAUUUAGUGAAUUGCUUAAAAGUACAAAGAAACAAUUUGUUACUUUUGCAAAUUUUAUAAAGUAAAUCAAAUACAUAUUAAAGGUAAACUGGGAACUAGAUAAUCUUUACGAAAUAGUUGCUGUAAUCCUAAUAUAAACAAAUCGCAGUUGUUUUUAACUGAAGCAACAAUUCUAUUGAGUUUGUAAAGAAAUUUUUAUUUUCGUUAUUUAAAAUUUAGGAGCAAAAAUUGUUAAUUAUUAUAAAAAAAAAGCUAUAUCUUUUAUUUGAAUCUUAAUUGAAUUACUUUAACAUAUAUACGGUAUUGUAAUUCUUGCGUGGUACCUCUAGACCUCUAGCACUCUGUAAGUAAGGCAUCAACUGCAUAAUACACGUUGGUCUAAUGAUAUUGUCUCGCUCUUGAAUAUAGGUUAAUCACACAUUAUUUCGACUGUAGCUCUUAUUUAGGGAGGUAGAAUUUCCUUUAAUUAUAAACUGUGUGAGUGUGGACGGAUGCAUGUGACCACCUAAUCAUUAAGUUUAAUCAUCGACUCAUUAUUUUCAUUAAAAUACUUAUCGGUAUUGAUAAUCUCGCGUAGGCGAGUAUUGUUAUUGAAUCGUGUACAUUCUGGUCAUAGGCGGUGCGCUCUGCGUUUACUGCGUUGUAAGUUAUUUGAAAUUUAACUUAAAAUGUCAUAUGUUUAGGUUUACUUAUCGCACUCUGUAUCAUGCCAUCACUGCCGGCUUUACACAACUGCUAGACUGAGUUCACGCGUCCAACAUUAUUUCGUCUGCAAUAGAUGCAGGUGAAAGAAUCACGCCGUCAACCGAGAGACGUGGAAUUCGAUGUCAAAUUAACAAUUGGUUAUAGCAGAUGUAGAUGUGAAGGUCUUUGUGCCUCGCUACUUUUAAGUCGCGAGUUCUCGGUCGCUGUCGUGGCCGACCCUCAGACUCGCAAGCCCGAGGCACAGACGAUGACAUUCAACAUCCAAUGAUGCCCGGUGUCAAGCUCAAAAUUCUCCAAACGCAUUGGCUGAUUAUAGUAUACGGCUGUUAUUGGUUAGUGAAAAAAAGCAAAUCAAAAACAUGUUAAGUAUAUUUUGAUACUCGAUGUUUUCUACACUAAUGUAGUAAUUAAUCUUUUGUAUUGUGUAGAUAGGAUUUAACGUGACGCUCGUUCGCAUUUACUAGUUUCGGAUCAGUACGAGUAGCGGUGUGAACGGUGGACACUUCGUGUGCAGUCUCUAACUCGACAGACUGAGCUCAGCGUAGCAUUUGUUUCGCAUUUAAAGCUGACAAAUGCGCUGCGACAGUGAAAGGUGAUAUAACACUAAUUAGCUGCAGAAAACGCACAACUACCGGGGCUAUUAACUCGCUAGGGAUUGUCGAUGAAAGUUCACACAGAUCUCACGUCAACGCAUACUUCGUGAAUAGACCCCCACAUUAAAAUCAGUCAAAUGGACGUUCUAAAUUGGUGAUAAUAUAACGAAUUGCUUAAUGAUAAUAAUUAAGUUAUUGCGUGGCAAUUAGAAUAAACAAUUUUUUACUACGUAAUGCGCGGGGUGCAUCAGGGUAUGAGUGUCAUAAUUUGUAAUAACAUUAAAUAACUUUUGUACUUUCAUAAAGGUAACAAGUAAUUUAGUGAUAACGUUUUUCUAUUACAUAUUAAUAUGUAUAAUGCGUAAAAUUAAACAUCAAGUAAUAUACGUUUUUUUACUGAAAAUGUAGAUGUAGUAUUUUUGUAAGACAAUCGAGAGAAGAUCUCGUACGUGUAUCACAGCGAUAAUAAAUAUUGUGUAAGACCGCUUGUUUGUCCAAUUUGAAGGAGGAAUCUCGACGUGCGGAUCUGAUCACGUUUAAAUGAUACUUGCAGCAAGUAAACCCGCGAGAUUCCUUCUCGACGUUGGAUGGACAAAGGCCAGGUCGUUAUUGUAUCUAGGCAAGUAAGUCUUUUAACUAUCUAUGCAUUUUCUAUUUGAUCGGAUGCUUUUUAAGAGUUACUUAAUUAUUUUUUUAAGAAAGUAUAUAAUAAUCUCUCGUUCCGCUUGAUAUCGGCGCUAUGAAUAUUGACGCCCGAACUGCCGCGAUAGACUUUCUGACAAGUGACAUUUCGCGGCAGCCUUCAUCAUGGUUGAAGCUAAAUUACCUUUAUUAAUUUGUUCCUUGACAAAAUUACCAUCACUCGUUUUUACGUAAAUUGUAAUGUAUGUCUGAAUGGAUGAGAAUAUGUUUAGUAUGAUUUGUUUUUCGUGUAGUGUUUACACAGUAAUAUUAAUGUGUAAUAAUGUGUGUGGUCGUGUCCUAUGUUUUUCUGUGAUCACUUGUUUACUUACAAUUUCACUGAAAUAUGGUACGAGAGAGGGUUUAAUGUCGAGAUGCUCAGAUGGAAAACGCCAAUUGAUUAAUUUUAAGUAUUGUAAGUGCUUGGAUUAUUGUAAGUGUCGGUUUUAUAAAUUCUCUAUGACGUACGUUCGUAUUUUUAUGCCAUUGAAAAUUGAUAUUAUUUUUAAAUUAUCGGAACGCCGAGUGCGUGUAUUUUUGUAUAUUCGGAAUCGAUGCGUAAGGAAUUGGCACAAAUAAAUUAUAAAGAUUACAUAAGUUUAUUCUGAUAAUGUUUAAGAUGAAAGUUCCAUUUUGUAACGAUUUAAAAUAUUGGAAAGCUAUUAAUUUGUAACGAUAGUGAGCGUUGUAUUGUCUAUAUAAUGUUGGUAAAGCGUAUCUAGUUGUAGGUUGUUUCAGAAAAUUGUAAUAAAACUGGGGAGACGAAAAAACGUUAUAUUUUAUAUGGAUCCUGAUAUUGGUCCGGCCGCGGUCGGCUUUGUGUUACUUUACGAAUGUAGUUGGUAAGUUUACUCUUUAAAAGAGUUUUCGCAGGUAGUAGUUUUAGUAGGCUUAGUGUUUUUUAUACCGGCUUGAUGUUGUGACAUUUAUUAUUAAUAAUGAUAUCUUAUAAAGCAGAAGUAACGAAGAAGCGGCCAACACUGAUCAAUAGCAGAAUGUGUAGUGGGUAUUCGAUGUGGGGAACAUUACGUUGUUUUCGUUUCUGCGGACGACGAGCGGGCAACAUUCCUGCACUUGUGAUCAUAACCAAAGUGUUGCUGUUCGCAAGCAUAUCAUUUUAAUACGACGCUAGAUACAUUUCGGUACAAAAUCUUAGCAAAGUUUUUUAUUCUAUUCGAUUUAUAAUUAUAUUGUUAGACAAUUCUGUGUUGUCAGUUUUGUAGUGGACAGUUUCGUGCGAGCACGCUGCACGAUCUCCGAUGUCCAGUUCCGUAGCCGUGUCCACUGUCUAGUCGAAGCCGCCGCGUCUGCUUGCGUCGUCGGCUUGCGGCGGCUUGAGCCCCGUCGCCGAUCCAAACGAUUGUUCCAUUACAACUCUGGCGAUAGACUUGAAUUAUUUCAGUUAUUUAGCAGAAUUAUAUUAUUGUCUAGUAUUUCCGAUUAUGUUACGUUUUAUAUUGCUUAUAUUAUAUAUUAUGGAUACGAUGUUUAUUAAGUAUUUUAAUAUUCAUUUGAUGAGGACCUAGUCGAUUCUCUAUAUAUCACAUCUCCCAAAGUACAAAUUCCUUGUUGUUUAGUCCAAUUUUGUUUGACUGUUAUUGAAUGGAAAUUAUUUUAGCGAGCGUUCGCCCGCGUCGCGCGCAGAGUCGCGCGCGAGGCGGCGAUGUCGUGUCACUGUGAAAAUUAACCUUGCCUAUGUCGUGACUCGUGGAUAAUGCAUUUAUACACUCUAUUGGCAAUUUAACAACUCUUCGAUACAUUAUGAAGCCGGCAAAGGGUCUAAUGUUGUAUGUAGUUUAACAUUGAAAAUAUAUGAAAUAAACAAUUUCCACAAAAAACUUUUAACGUGCCGACACGGCGCGUCGUUACGAUUAUGUUUAGCAGCUUUUAAUUUUAGUUUACGUUAGAAUAAUUUUUAAUAAUUUUACCUACUUUAGUUAAUGCACAACUAAUAACCCAAUAAGUAAUCUUUCAUUUUUUUUUCUUUACUAAUUCUCGCUGUGUUUAUACUUUACAGUUUUUAUUAGUUUUCGUCACUUAUACUUAUGUUCGAUAAAUAAUUGUCAUUAUUUUUUUUUAUUUACUUAUCAUUGUCUUAGUUAUACGUAAUCGCCUACUACACAUUAUUCAAUGGGAAAGCUAAUUUAGCAAUGAAAAUAUAUUUCAAAUGACACUAUACCUAAAUAAAUACAAUGAAACCUUUAUAAAAAUGAAAAUUAAAAAU